AUGAAAUCUGAUACUACAGAUUGCUGUACUUUAGUCUAUUAAUACAGUUUUCCAUCUCGAUUAUAGUCAUGUCUGUUUAUCAACAAGGUUAUUUACAAUGUAUUGUAUCGUAGACCAUUUAUAUCAAGACACCAUUAAAGCUAAAAUUAAAAACCUUAAAUAAAAUGCAUUAGUAGCACUAGUUAACUCUUGUAACUGAAUCAAUUAAUUUAAAAUGUUCUAAUGAACGAUUUAAUUUAGGAGGAGGCAUUUAUAAUAACUCAAGAUAAUCUUCAAAUAAUCGCACAGUUUAAUGA